AUGCACCGCGGCAGGCAGCCUUUGAAAAAGCGGCGCGGCUCCUUCAAGAUGGCGGAGUUGGAUCAGCUGCCUGACGAGAGUUCAUCAGCAAAAGCCCUAGUGAGCUUGAAAGAGGGAAGUUUAUCCAACACAUGGAAUGAAAAGUUCACUUCUCUGCAGAAAACACCCAUUUGGAAAGGCAAGAAUGCGGGAGCUGCAGUAGAAAUGCCCUUCAGAAGUUCAAAACGAAGCCGUUCCUUUUGUGAGGAAGAAGAAAGACAAAUAAGUACAAGAUCACCUAAAAGAAAUCAGAGGGUUGCGAUGGUUCCACAGAAGUUCACUGCAACAAUGCCAACCGCAGACAAAAAAGCAUCACAGAAGAUUGGUUUGCGGCUGCGUAAUUUACUCAAACUUCCAAAAGCUCACAAAUGGUGUAUAUAUGAAUGGUUCUACUCAAAUAUAGAUAAGCCACUGUUUGAAGGUGAUAAUGAUUUCUGUGUUUGCCUGAAAGAAUCGUUUCCCAAUCUGAAAACUAGAAAAUUAACAAGAGUAGAAUGGGGAAAAAUCAGACGAUUAAUGGGGAAACCACGAAGAUGUUCUUCUGCAUUCUUUGAAGAGGAAAGAUCUGCAUUAAAACAGAAACGACAGAAAAUUAGACUUCUGCAGCAACGGAAGGUAGCAGACAUAUCCCAAUUUAAAGAUCUUCCUGACGAAAUCCCACUGCCACUAGUUAUAGGAACAAAAGUCACAGCAAGGUUACGUGGUGCCCAUGAUGGACUCUUCACUGGACAAAUAGAUGCUGUUGACACUCUUAAUGCUACUUACAGAGUAACUUUUGAGAGGUCAGGGCUUGGAACGCACACAAUCCCAGAUUAUGAAGUCCUUAGUAAUGAACCUCAUGAAACCAUGCCAAUUGCUGCCUUUGGACAAAAACAGCGGCCUUCUAGAUUCUUUAUGACUCCUCCUCGGUUACAUUAUACACCUUCCCUUCAGUCACCAAUUACAGAAAGUGACCCUUUAUUAGGACAGUCUUCUUGGAAAAACAAAAUUUCAGGCUCAGAUAGCGAGACAUUAGGUGGUUUUCCAGUUGAAUUCCUUAUCCAAGUGACCAGAUUAUCAAAAAUCCUUAUGAUUAAGAAGGAACACAUCAAGCAGCUCAGGGAAAUGAACACAGAAGCAGAAAAACUGAAAUCCUAUUCUAUGCCAAUCAGCAUUGAAUUUCAGCGAAGAUAUGCGACUAUUGUUUUAGAUCUUGAGCAGCUGAACAAGGAUCUAAACAAAGUUUUGCAUAAAGUGCAGCAGUAUUGUUAUGAGCUUGCACCAGAGCAAGGCCUCCAGCCUGCAGACCAUCCAACAGAUCUGAGACGGAGAUGUGAGGAUGAAGCUCAGGAGAUUGUGAGGCAAUCAAAUACAUCAGCAACAGGACAGCCUUGUGUUGAAAAUGAGAACCUAACAGAUCUAAUUGCUAGACUUACAGCAAUAUUGCUACAGAUUAAGUGUCUAGCAGAAGGAGGUGAUCUAAAUUCCUUUGAGUUUAAGUCAUUAACAGAUUCAUUAAAUGACAUCAAGAACUCCAUAGAUUCCUCCAAUAUCAGUUGUUUUCAGAAUAAUGUUGAGAUCCAUGUUGCACAUAUCCAGAGUGGACUCAGCCAGAUGGGAAAUUUACAUGCCUUUUCUGCAAAUAACACCAACAGAGACUGACACAGAGAAAUGUUUACUUUAGUCCAAGUGUACAGAAUGUAAUUGUGGAAAAGCCUCGUUAUAAGCUUCACCAAAUAUCCUGCUGGAAGAUAAAGGAAAUGAGGAGGAUAUUUUGAGAUGUGUUGUACUGCUUCUGAAGAAACCAGCAAAAAAUUACCAGCAUUGCUAUAGACUUCAUCACUUGCUAUGCACAUACAGUAUCUUGUUUAACAGCUAAACUUUAGUUAUAAAAGUACAGACGUUGUUUUAACUGAACGUUAUACAGACAAGUUUCAUAUAAUGUAAAGGAAGAAUAUUUUAUUUUAGUUGCAACAAAUUCUGGUGUGUUGAAAACAAUGAACAGGAAAUGACACAAAGAAGGGGCUGAGCCACAGUCCCUUGUUCUGAAAACUAUAGUACCCUAAUGGUAAUGUGUCACUGCCUUUGAAUUUCAGUCUCUGAACAGUGUGGUGAUUGGUAAAGCAGUGUGUGUAUUCCUGUUUUUGGAAAGUAGCAGCAGAAUGGGAUAUGCAAAGGAAUGCUAGUGGCUAGAUAGCUAUUGUACACUUGUGGAUACUGGGAGUCUUGUAAAUCAGUUAAUAUCUUCUUGAAUGUUUUAAUUUAUCGUAACUUAUAAAAGAAAUCUAAUGAAGGAGUAGAAAAGGACUGCUGAAUUUCCAGAAAUAGAAAAUAUUUACUUUCCCCCCUCCUGAGUGCGUAAAAGAUUUUCUAGUUAAGAUAUUUCACACAAAUAACUGGUAAUAUUUUCCACUGAUUUGUUUGCACAACCUUAAACUAGAUAACUGGUUAUCAAGCAACUCACAAAGUUCAGGCAUUGCAGUUGGAUAGCCAGUCCUGUAAACUGCCUAGAAUUAUA